UCCGGAACAUGGCGCCGACGAUCCCAAUUACGCUGUGUCAAUCUGUUGGCAGCCAAGCUGAAGUAUUCUAGAGGGAAUGCCGUCUACUGUUUGUAAAACUAAGAGCGUGAUUGUUGAAACUCUUUAUUGAAAAUGCUUUAGAAUAUAUUACAUGUAUAUUGCUUAAUUUUUUGAAGUUUUCAACGCUGUUACAGGCAUGUGUUUGGCCAGCUAUGUGGGGCGGGUUGAGCGUGAACAAGGAAGUGCGGGGAUCUCGUGCGCGCGCGCGCUGUUCUGUCGUUGCUGGCUCGUCGAAAAAAAAAGUUGACCGGAAGCAGCAGGCAACCAUCUGUCUUUCUCUGACGAAGUCAGGCCGCCCCUUACCACGGUUUGGGGCUGAAAAUAGUGACAGUUAACACCGCCACGACCGUGGAGAAGUGCCGAAGUAAACGGUUUGUCUUGCAUCAGCAUCGUUUUCAUUGGCGCCAAUUUAAUUCGGUAUCGAGUCGGCUUUCCAACACCCUGACGGAGAACACUGGAGUUGCCAUGUAACUCAGACGACGCACAAGCAAUGCUACAAGAUGAAAAACCGCUUGUCGCUUAACAGCCCGUGGGAUCCCUCUGCAUCCAUCUCAACAUGAGCUCCAAAUCGUCAUGUGAUGCCAUACGUUCUCCAGUGGACAGUUUCACCUAUUGCACGCACAAGACGGCAUUUUCUGGCGCUUCAACCUUUUGCGUCCAUCAGCAGUCUGUCGGCCCCCGGGGAAGGACUCAUGUAAUUGUGUCGGCAGACCAUCAACAACAUGGCGUCGGCGUUCUUCACAGUUCCAGUGAGUACCAUUGGGGCCAUCAUCCGGAAGUGGAAAGAACACGGCAUUACCAUAAACCAGCCACGGCCAGGUGCUCCUCGCAAGAUUUCAGACAGAGGAGUCAAAACAAUCAUCAGAAGGGUUCUCCAACAGCCCAGGACCACUCGUGGAGAGCUUCAGAAAGCCCUGGAAUCAGCAGGCUGCUGAAGAUGAAAAGAGGGUGGAUCUUUCAGCAAGACAACGAUCCCAAGCACACAGCCAAGGAUCCUUCCAGAAAUCACAAGUUCUACAGAGACCUGAUCACCAGUCUGAGACCUCCACUCAUCCCCUUCACUCCCCUGCUGCUUAAAGAUUUGACUUUUCUUCAUGAGAGUUGUAAGACUUUUCACGGCCAGCUGGUCAAUUUUGACAAGAUGCACAAAGUUGCCGACAUGGUGCGAAGCAUACGAAGAUACCGUAGUGGACAACUGGCCAUGGAUAUGGAGACGUCGCCAUCCCACCUGCAGACCAAAGCGUACGUGCGACAGCUGCAGGUGAUCGACAACCAGAACCAUCUCUUCGACCUGUCCUGCAAACUGGAGCCCAGAGACACGUAGAGAUGCCAGGACGCGUCCCACCUCCUCUUCCUCCCUCUCAGCGAACACGUUAAAAGCUUCUUAACAGGCAGCCAAUCAGGCGAAGCUCGGCAGCCAUCUUGUCUCCUUCCUGACCACAGACGACAUGUAGUCGCAGUUUGACCUCCACCCAGCUGAUGAGGUGAGCCUAGUGAUGGAUGAUUUAUCUCUUCAAAGGUCAACCUCUGACCUCAGGGGCGUGUCUUUCUUCUUAAUGAAUGAGGAGGACAGCAGAGAAGUAAACAAAUGUUUAGUCAUUUCUGUCUGGGAAGGUGUACUGUGACACUCUAUGGGCGGCGCUUGUGCAAUAACAGGAGGCGAUGCACGUCUGGUGUCAACCAAGCAUGUCGACGACGCUCAGGGCUCCCAGGUUUUGUGUACUUUUUGUGAUGAUGAUUAAGACUUAUUUUUCUUCUUUCCCUUGUUGUCUUUGGAUCAUUUCGAUCAACAAAGACAGAGGGAUAUUUUUUGAAACGUUGUCUCAUUGCAACGCUAAAUGACAUCACACGUCUGCUAGUUGACACCUGGCGGGGCUCUGCUGCGGCCAGUCCUGGAUUCAAGUCAUUCAUUUCCAAAUAUCAAACAGGCGUCUCAAAAGAUGACAAAAUUCCAAUUCCAAAAUACACAUGACACAGGGUAUGAAUGUUGGGCCGCGCGGCGGAUGAGUGUUUAGCAUGUAGGCCACACAGCGAGAAGAUCCGGCUUUGAUUUUCUGCUCGGGCAUCUCUUUGUGGAGUUAGCAUGUUCUCCCUGUGCAUGGCUUUUCUCCGGGUAAUCCGCUUUCCUCCCCAGUUCCAAAAACAUGCUAGCUUGAUCGGCCACUCCAAAUUGUCCAUAGGUAUGAAUGUGGGUGGGAACGGUUGUUUGUCGAUACGUGCCCUGUGAUCGGCAGGCCACCAGUACAGGGUGUACCCCGCCUCUCGCCCCCAAAGACAGCCGGGAUAGACUCCAGCAUACCCCCACCACUAUAGUGAGGAUAAGCGGUGUAAAAAACGGAUGGCCGGACAGUAUGAACUGUUUAAUCUUCCGAGUCCAUGAAUGAAAGAAAUGAAUCAGUAGAUGAAUUUACCCGCUGACUAAAAUAUCUGUCGGCGAGCCAGGUCUGAUAGUGAGUAACAGCGCCUCCCGUAUGCUCAAAGUGUUAACCAAUUAGCGUUGUCAUAUUGAAACAAGAUCGGCAUCCUUGUGUUUUCAGAUCGAUUUAGAAGAAGUAUUUUGACCUGUUAGCAUCACAGGUAGUCUCAGGAAACUCGCUGGGUGUUGAAGCCUCCUGCCGGACAACAUAGAAACAUUCAAAGUAGACGUGAACGGCCGGUCUUUGCUGUAAAACUCAGGCGUGUCCAUUUGUAAAGGUCGCGUAUGGAGUGGCUGACCUUGAAACAUGUACAUAGUGUGAGUGUGUAAAUAGUUCCAAACGAAAGGAGAAUCUAUUUUAAAGAUGUUUGUUUCACGUAGAGAUGAGAUUUUAUUCACGUGUGUUGUUUACAUUGUGCCAAACCGUGAGCCAUGACAAGUAAAGAUCCACGUUAGCAUGACGAUGGUAUUUGUCAAGGGUCGAGGAGCGAGCUACACGAGCUGGCAGUGCUGUAGCAUUUGCGCUUUCAGUCGUGAACUUGUAACUUUGUUCUCUGAAAUGUAACCAAGAAUUUGUAUGCUUUAAAAGUAUGUAGACAACCACCAAUAUUUUUCCAACCUUUUUCUUUGUAAUGAUUUGGCACUUUAAGAUGGCAUUCCUAUUUUGAAACGAUGCAUCACAAUGUUGUUUCCUGCAGUUGCUCAAAUAAACCUGAUGAAGGCGACAUUGUGCUCUUCCAUUGUGUCAUCACGCCCGGCAUCACACGAUGUGUGUGAUGGACGGAAAUCACCCCCUGGAGUGAGGCGUGUAGGGCCGAGUGCCCACGCCUCCUCCAAGGGGCACCAGGGAAUGCACUCGCCCCAUCCAGUAGGGAAUGUCACUCCCGAGGGACAAAUCUCCUGUGUUGGAUCAUGUGAGUACGGGCGCGGCGCGUCCCGUAUGGCACCGAUGUCCAACCCCCUUCAGUCGGGUCCAUAUCGGUACACAGAAUUCUAAUUUGUAUAUAUUUUUUCAUAUUUGAGUGUUUUGUAUUUUGUCCCUUUUAAUUUGAGAUGUGUAUAUGUGUGCAUAUGUGUCUUUUUCUUCUUCUCUUUCUGCUUUUCCCUUCAGGGGUCGCCACGGCAAAUCAGCCGCCUCCAUCCAACCCUGUCUUUCGCAUGUGUCUUUCUCACACCCGCUACCCUCAUGUCCUCCUUCACUACAUCCUUAAAGCUCCUCUUUGGCCUUCCUGUACGCCUCCUACCCGGCAGAAUCCUUCUACCGAUAUAUUGACUAUCUCUACUCUCUCUGUCCCAACCAUCUCAGUCCGUCCUCUCUGACUUUAUGUCCAAGGUCUCUAACAUGUAAUGUCUUUCAGAUGAACUUGUUCACGAUUCUAUCCAUCCCAACGAGAACAUCAGCAUCCUCAUAUCUGCACCGGGGGUGGGGGGGCGUAGCGGCAAAGGUGUUUGAUGAGCGCAAUGCAUAAUUGUGUCUUUGGAUGCAGGAGUGCGUGGCCUCUGAUGUUUCCCCCUCCAGAUUUACAAAGACACAAUGCAGCUCCCUCCGACCUUCUCUGUACUUCUCUAUGAACAUUCUCAAAGCAAUACAGCAUCUAAUGGAGUAUUUUCAAUGGUGUUUUCAUGUCAACAGGUCCUGAUUAACCCGGGAAAUGUUGUUUCACCUGGCAAAGUCCUGAUGUUUGUAUAACUAUGCUUCUGUACUGUCUUUUGCAGUUAAUUUCUUCUCUUCACCUGUGUGCCAACAUAAAUUAUCAGUUGGAUAUUGUAUGUAAGUGUCCAGUUAAAUCUCAUGUGUUGUAAAAUUUUAUUCCUUAAAGGGAACUGGCCAUUGUGAGCUAAAUUGUUAAAUUUUUUUUCAGUAGGACAUGCCGAUGCACACACUACAAUGAGACACAGCCAGUUGAGUCAGCCAUAAUGUUUUGACAGCAUCAAAGCUUUAUUUGUAUUCAUCACUAUGGCGGCCUGUAGUGGACAAAAGGAAUAACGAUUUUGAUUACAAAAGGCAAUUCCAUGUCAGCCCAUUGACAGAAAGGUUCAGUUUUAUCUCAUGGAAUGUAAAGUUUGAACAUAUACGAAUACAUAGUCACACAAAGGUUGUAAGUUACACCAAAUGACAAGAAAAUAGUAAAAUAGACUCCUAUUAAGGACACUACAGUCGCAGGGCUACCUAUAGUAUUUGUCAGCCUUUUGUGGUAGAAGGUCUGCAAGGAUGUUAAGACCUUGCCAUUCAAUGUGACGCAACUUUGCAGUUUGGGUUGAUGAAAUUGCUUGUGGCCUGGCGCCCAGCUGCACCGGCCACGCCCCGAGGAUCCCACACGCUCACGGCCCCGCUGCCACCGGCGGCCCACGGAGGCCCCGCCCUCGCUGGGGUCCCGAGACGGCUCAAGCCACGCCUACCCGGCGGCCAAGCC